AAUCUCGACCACAAUAUAUAAAUAUAUUUGGUACGGCACGUUCAGGUCUUUAUUUUAGUAGUCAUUACGGAGAAAGCGAAGGGAUAAGAUGCAAUUAAUUGCCUGUAUAGCUGUUCUACUGGGGGCGGCCUAUGCCCAUCCGUUCUAUCGGGAUGGCUUCCCUAAUGGUUACUCUAUUCCGAACCCCUGUGGAGGCGGGAUAUGGGAGGCUGUAGGUCAUUAUGACCCUCAUCAUCAUACCAUCAACAAGAACCGAUAUGGACUGGCAUUCUCCGCCGCCGGUCACACUUGGACCCAUGCCCUCUGCAUGGCGGACAGUGACGGCGACGGCAAAACUAACGGAGCGGAACUCGGGGACCCGACCUGCGUCUGGGUGAGGGGUGGAGUGCCCACCGGCCAUGCCACCGGACAUCCGGGAAUCUGCGAGCCAGUGGGGUCUUGCGGAGACGGGUUUACGUGCAACUGCCAUGGCGGCCAUUGUGUUGGGAAAUAAUCGUCGGAAUAAAAAAAACUGCCUUGCUUGUUAUGUUUUUGGAUACAUCUGUGAUGAAUGUUCUAUAAGCAUUUCUAAAAUUAGUUGAUAUUCCUUGGAAAUUACUUCCCUUCACAUCAAAUAUUGUAUUACGCUAUUAAUAAGUGCAUAUUCAACUUUUGGGGAUUGUUUUCUCACAAGGUGCAUUCAAACAUGUGUCUAUUGAUCGCGUAAAGAACGUUAUAUUCAAUUUUUAAUAACAUAACCUCUUAUUAAAGAUUUAACAUAAUUUGUGCUAUAAAAUGAAAAUAAAAUUAAUAAAGUCUAUUUUGAACCAUG